UUGAAGGCUCUAGGACAUGUUUGGAAGCCAUGUGCCAGUUGGCCAUUGUUCACUUUCAACUUCUGACUAUUGACAUGAUAUUGCUGGUGAAAAAUUCCUCAGGGCGAUGAGGAAAGUCAAAUUCAUAUUUGUUUAAUCUUUCCAGAAGUAUUGCAUGCGUUCAUUUUGCUUACAACACAUCUUUUAACAACAAAUAUUACUAAUAGCUGUGAAUCUUUCGUACAAAUUUUUGAGUUGAAGUAAAAUGCAUUACCAAGAAUUUUGUCUGUGGCUACCUUGCAUUUUGACACGGAGAACUUUGAUAGCGCAUCUUACAUGUUUAUAUGUUUAAUUUUAAUUACUCGUAAAUAUUAUCAUUCUACGUCGCCAAACAGGACAAAAACUUUUUAGUGGAACUUUGUUCUUAUAAUAGUAUGCAUGUUUGAAGUCUUGAAGUUACCCAAUGGGUAAGCAUAAAAAUCAGUUGACAUCUAAGGAAACACUUUUCACGGAUGGAAUCUGCAAAAUAAUAUUGACUAGUAAAAGGGAAAAAAAAAUGUGGCCUACAUUAUACAGAUGACAAAAGUCCUUCAAGGUGUUUUUUUUUUUUUUUCUUUCCUGUCUUUAAUUUGUAGCUUCUGAGAGCAAAACUUUCAGUGCUUCAAGUUCUGCACUUAAGUUGACUUCCUGUAUUUUUUUGCACUAUCGUUUAUUUUUACCUGAAGUCAUUACUUUUUUGAAUGGCUUCAGUGACUAAAAGGACAGUGUGUAGAAUCUACUGUGUUAAAGAAACAAUGUUCUACACGUUCAUUUUAAAAGGUUAUUUUUUACACCACUGAACUUCUAUUUCCUCCAUGUACUGGUAUCACGGGGACUCACUCCUGUAUUUACUGUACCGUACAAUACAUCGCUCUUUUGGGCUCAGAAACGAUGUAUGAGUUUAGUUACAUUAAUUUUAGCUCUUUAUUGCAUUUUGGAAAAAUUAGCAAGAAGGGAACAGCUGUUAUACCUUUAGCAGAAGCUAAUUUAAUUUUCAACUGUUCCAGUCAAUGGUUCAUGAGUAAAACUUGUCAGGGGGGGAAAAACUCACAUAUUUCUCUAGGUUCUGUAUAUGAGAUGUUCGGAAGGGAAUGCUGCCUUCCAACUGGAGAAGUCAUGAAGAUCAUUGGGAUCAGCAUUGCCACGCUGACUGCAAGCGUUCAGCAGGAGGGGUCUGUUACCUCAACCAUCACCCUGCCACUGGACUACCCUGGCCUCUUCAGGAUCAUGGCUGACCGGAAGCCAUACCUCACCAUUAGAGAGAUCACGGAAUCCUUGCGCAUCGGUGGAGACCGGCUGGGCCGGCCCGAGUUCCGCUGCUCCGGCCGCCUGCGCCCUGCGGACGGCCCACUGCGGGAGGGCGAAAGCUUUGUCCUCGUGUCGCCGGCGAAGGGUAACGGCGAUGGGGCCGUGGAGUGUGAGGUUAUGCGGGGUGACACCAGGCACCGCUUCAUGCUGGGGCUGAUGCAGGAGGGCGAGUUCUACGAGUGUGAGGAUGAUCAGUUCUACACACUGAAGGAGCUCGCAGAGUGGAAGAUGCCAAGAGGUCGGCUGAGGACAGUGACUCUAGCCAAAGCCCUGCCGAGGAGGGAUGUGUUUUUCUGCGACCUGCUUGAGAACUACACCGGAGAGCUGAUUCUCUCACCUGUUUACGAACUGCAGGCUGUGAUGAAGUAUCGGAAGGAUGUUGUGCGAAUUCCAUCCAACCUUGACGUAGAGGUAAUAGACGUAACGGGACAUUGGGACAGUGAGUGCUUUCUGCAGCCUCUGUCACUGAGUGAUGUUUUCAAGAAGCCCAGUGAGGAGUUCCCCCUCGUGGCUGAAGUUAUCGAGGCCCCGUUGCACGUUCAGGAAGAGUUCGGCUUCCUCAAGCACUGCAAGAAACUUAUCAUUCACAGCACCUGCAAGGCGAAACGGAUACUCGCCUCUGAAAUUCGCAGUGACGCACAGAGGCACUUCCUUAUUCCAGUCUCCUACAGAGGGAGGUUUAAACGGAGACCAAGGGAGUUCCCAACCGCUUACGACUUGGAGGUCGCAAAGAGAGACAAGGAGCAGCUACAUGUGGUUGCCACCAGAGCCUUUGAAUCACGGUAUGAGGGGCUGUCCACCGUCUUUGUGGGAGACCAGUACCUGGUACGUGGACGGGAGACAAGCGAGGUCAUCUAUGGUGGAACACGGAAGAUGGUAGAAGCUUUAGCCUGUGAGAAGAUCGAGGGCAAGAACUAUGAAUCUGUGCUUAUCCCCAUGUGCUUGGAUGGUGGCUUCGUGGAGGUCAUCCACGACAAGAAGCAGUAUAGCAUCGCCGACAUCUGCACGAAGUUCCACCUCCCGUUCAACGUCAAAGUGUCUGUUCGAGAUCUCUCUGUGCGCGAGGAUAUGCUUGCAGCUGUUCCUGGGCUGCGUCUGGAGGAGGAGAUCACGGAUCCCUACCUGCUAGUCUCUGACCCGGAGUUGUCCGAGUGCUGGGAGGUGCCCGUCAAUCGGACCCACCUGACCGUGGUGCUUGUCCACGGGGGGGAGUUAGAGAACCACGGCCCACAGCCGGUCAUGCGUGCUGCUGUGGAGGAGAUUGGGGAAGACUGUUACUACACUCUGAGGAGGUAUGCCACAGCCACGGUGCUCCCACCACCCCGUCCACCCAAGAAGCCCAGACAGCCAGAGCUGGACGCCACCAAGCUGCUGCCACAGCCUCAGAGGAACGGCACCCCAGGUUCACCAAAGAGUCCACAUCUUCACACACCCAAGCCCGCCAGUGCAGUUUCACCUGCUUUUGUAGAACAAUGUUGUCCUGUGCUAAGACCCGAGACAAAGUUAACCCCUAAAACUGGUGCUUUUCUAAAUCCAGCCCAACAGAAAGCCUUAAGUCAAGGGAAAUGUGUGGAGGACACAAGCAGUAACGACGAUGAUGAUAAGCAUGACUACGAGUACAUUGACGAAAACGAGAUGGAGAGCAUCAGGACAAAAUUUCAACUGCAAAGUAUUAACAGUACGGUCAGAGGGAAGCCAGCAAAUACAUAUGAGCAGUCUGUGUAGUCUGCAAACAAAAUUAAAUCAGUUUUUAAUAUCAUGCAGAAGGGCUUUACUAUGUAACAGCUCUAUUCAAAUUGCAUUAUUUUUAAAAAAAUUUUUUUUUUUUUGGGACACAACAUAUUGGCAGCUAAAAUUUAAUUAGAAAAUGCCAUUCAAAAGUUGUCUUCCUUUAACACACAUGAA